AUUAUUGAAGAGAAGAAGGCAGUUUUUCCAGCUGUUACUGUCUGCAAUGUGAAUGUUCUUAGUGCCAACAAGAUAAAGUAUGUCUCUGAUCCUGUGCUGGACAAACUGCUGAAAGUUGAAGAGAAGUAUGGAGCUGCCAUUCGAAAGAAGAAUGACUCCUUCACAGGUCAAUUGGUUGAUGACUACUCAGCACUGUGUGAAGAUGGUUACAAGAGAUUCAAAUCUCCUGCUGCAGCCACAGCUAUUGAUUACUGGUCCCCUGAGGCUGUGGAAAAGUUCUGGGAUCCCUUCUUGAAUGGUUCUGCCAAAGAUUACCCAACAAAAAAGAAGACAUUCCAUUCAUACAAUCCAUGUGAUGAAAUUGAUGCGUUGUCAAAUCUGCCUCUGGUUGGCAACCCAGCAGUAAUUGUGAAUACAGCUUUGGGCAGUCUUGGGGAUGUUCUGGGCCAGGUGCCAUUGCUUGGAGGACUUCUGGAAGGUUCAACAGAUGUGGAACGACCUAGUCAGUUACUACAGAAACUACGACAACCACGACCACUAGGUCAACUACGGGACGACGUUAAUAACCCCCGACUAAGAAUCAGGCUCAUUCUAAGGGAAAUUGCGCAGAGAAUGGCAAUGAUGAAGUAUAUCCCCAACACUAGGGCUUUGGAUAUUCUGGGAUGCCAAGAUGGUAACCUGGAUAUCAAUUAUGAAAAGCUCUUUGGUAUUUGUCCUGAUAGAGACUCAGUGCCAUGCAUCCGCAGCUUGUUGAACACCAGCAACAUCAAUCCAAACUGUGUUGAAGUGACCAAAUUGUGUGAUGGUGUCCCUGAUUGUGGAGAUGCAUCUGAUGAAGCUCUGCUUUGUGAAAAUACUCAGAAAAUCUGUGAAAUGGCAGAUUCCAGUUAUUUCCGUUGCAAUAUUGGCUCUUGUAUUGUCAAACAAUGGGAAUGUGAUGGAUUCCUGGACUGCAAUGAUGGAUCUGAUGAAGAUGACUGUGAACCUGGUCUUCAAGGAAGUGAAAAAGGCAGCUCAAGGUUUUAUGGGAUUGAUCCAUUUGAUGUGGAAUCAAUCAUCAAGAGGUCAAAAACUGGUGACCUGAGUGACAUCAGCAAUGUUUUAACACCUACAGUGGCUCAAAUAGAAAAGUAUGGAAAAAUCAGUUUCAGCAGAAUGCGGAAAAAUAAAAUUCAGUUUCUGACACCUGCUAUCAAAAAAUCCUUGCGGAAUUCGCCUCAGGAAACCGGACUUGCGGAUGUGAUCCCGCUUGCGUAA